AUGACAGGAAUCUCUAAAACUAAAUGUGUUACUCAGCGGUUUCAUGUCUUUCAGGAACGGAAGCGUAAGUUGUUCCACAGCCAAGUUUACGAAAAUGAGAUCGGAAUGAAAAGGUUGUAUAUACAAACAGCAAAGAAGCUUGCCGCAUUCGGAUGUAAGGUCUUCCAGGUGAAAGAGUUGCUACAUGGACGAACGUUAAGAAAGACCCUUCGCUUACUGUGUCUGUCGUCAGCGUCGCUGUGUCUUCUGGAAGGUACAAGCAAGUUGGUCCUGAAACGGCAGCACGCAUCAACACUGCAGCAGUGGAGAGUUGGUGGAGGUGUCAGUAAACACCAGCUGCUUUUAGAGUUUCGUGGUACAAAGUGGCAGCUAAUCGGUGAGCAUUUUAAGUCACGCCAACGUCAACCAAAUCCUGUCAUAGCCCUAUAA